GGUGUUUGGAAACUGCUGUUGAGGAGUGAGGGCGUGUGAUGCACCUGACUUUCGAGAAGAGCAAGGGAGAAGAAGGUCUUGUCGUGUCGCUGCAAGCAUAGAGAAGUAUGGCGGGCAUACCGAAAUUCUCGGACGAGGAGAGCGACAACGGCUGUGACCUGGCGUCAGCUUAUCUCAGACCUCAGACCAGUAUUGGGCUGUAUUGGCCCGCUGCGCGGGCCUCAAACCGGCUUAGCCUGCACCACUGCCCCACUACACUGCCUGUGGCCAAUCAGAGCGCCCAUCGCAAUUUGAGCCCAAACUGGUCUGAGUGCAAAGGUCGUGAUUUGGCCCGGUCAGGGCACGCAAGGAGCAGGGCGAAUUGCGCCGACAGCCACAACACCAUCAAAACUGGGUAUUUUGGCGAUCCGAUGCCUACGUUGGCCAGGAGGAUGGCCGCAAGCCCAGGAAGAUGCCCGCGUUGGCCAGGAUGCCCGCAAACCCAGGAAGAUGCCCACAAGCCCAGGAUGCCCGCGAUCAAGCUCGUCAAAGUCCAUUUUCCACACCCUCCGGGCUAGGGUUCAGCUAAAAGGUCUGAUCAGGGGGCGGAAAAACAGGCUCUGAGGAUCGCCUAGAGCCGGGCAACGUCGCUGUCAAA